AUGCAUAAUAGAGCAAUUAAGAUAUACUAUGAGCUGCUCAUUGAUGUUAGACAUAAGACGGAGGAUCACAAGAGACGGAAACUAAAUCAGAUUGCCAAGGAGAAGAGGGAGCUGGAGGGGAUGCUACCACUGCUGGUGGCACUGCCUCAGCAUCAGGGUCUUCUGUCCCUGUGGGCAGGGUUGACCUCUGGAGAUGGGGCAGGCCGGGCAGUGCUGGACCAUAGCUCCUUCGGUUGCCACCCUGUGAGUCACCAGAUCUUGCCUGAAUCUCCCCUAGCAGCACCAUUAAACCGGCAGCAGGCAGUAUGGAAUAAAUUAAAUAUUCUGGUUGACACUGGGAGCAGUAAUUUUGCUGUAGCAGGUGUGCCUGAUCCUGAUGUCACCUCCUACUUCAAUACCAAGCUGUCGAGUACAUACAGAUCUCAAGGGAUUGAUGUCACAGUUAAGUACAGUCAAGGAAGCUGGACUGGAGUGCUGGGUACAGAUGUCAUUACUAUCCCAAAAGGAAUCUAUGGCAGCUACACCAUCAACAUUGCUACCAUUCUUGAAUCAGAGAAUUUCUUCUUACCAGGGGUUAAAUGGCACGGAAUUCUUGGUCUUGCCUAUGAUGCCUUAGCCAAGCCUUCAAGUUCUGUGGAGACGUUCUUUGAUUCUCUUGUGAGGCAGGCAAAGAUCCCCAACAUUUUCUCCUUGCAGAUGUGUGGUGCUGGACUGCCUGUUUCUGGAAGUGGUACCAACGGAGGUAGUCUUGUUCUGGGUGGAAUUGAAUCAAGUCUGUACAAGGGUGAUAUUUGGUACACACCAGUCAAAGAGGAGUGGUAUUACCAGGUUGAAAUUCUCAAACUGGAGGUCGGAGGACAGAACCUCGAACUGGACUGCAGAGAGUAUAAUGCCGAUAAAGCGAUAGUAGACAGUGGGACCACGCUCCUCCGUCUGCCCCAGAAAGUCUUCGGUGCUGUUGUGCAAGCAAUAGCUCGCACGUCCCUGAUACAAGAAUUCUCUUCUGGUUUCUGGACUGGUUCACAGCUGGCAUGCUGGGAUAAAACUGAAAGACCCUGGUCCUUAUUUCCCAAACUCUCCAUUUAUCUGAGGGAUGAAAACUCCAGUAGGUCAUUUCGGAUCUCUGUCCUACCACAGCUUUAUAUUCAGCCCAUCCUUGGAAUAGGAGAAAAUUUACAGUGCUACCGAUUCGGCAUCUCUUCCUCCACGAGUGCUCUAGUUAUUGGUGCUACAGUCAUGGAAGGCUUCUAUGUAAUAUUUGACAGAGCCCAGAGGAGAGUGGGCUUUGCAGUGAGUCCAUGUGCAGAAGUUGAUGGCUCUCCAGUAUCUGAGAUUGAAGGCCCUUUCACAACAGCAGAUGUUGCAAGCAACUGUGUUUCUAGCGUUUCUUUCCAUGAACCAGUGUUGUGGAUUGCCUCCUAUGCUCUCAUGAGCCUGUGUGGAGUUAUCCUGCUUGUACUGAUCAUCCUGCUGCUUAUUCCACCACGGUGUCAGCAUCGCUACACUGACAAUGACGUGGUCAAUGACGAAUCCUCCUUAGUGCGUCAUCGAUGGAAAUGAGAAACUUGAUUGUGAAACCUGGGACUUAAACAGAACGAAGAACAAAGUACUUUGCCAUGGGCAAGAAGCCAAUGCCUCAGUCCUUUCUACGUUCAUUACAAAUUGCUGUUGAAAUCCCACCAAAUACCCUGCAUCAUAACUUUUUAAGCUUUAUUUUCUAACACUGAUUCUGAACCAAAGCACUGUUAACCACCUCUUAAGUGCUACGUUACUGGAUUUGCUACUGCAGUUCAAUGAGCCUUUAUGCUCUCAAGAGUACCUUCUUUAAAAA